GGGCUGACCUCCCCCGCUGAAAUCCACUCGCUUUCCUCACCAGUGCUGGAAGGAGACAACUGCGUGUUCGAUGGGAUGAUUUACCGCAACGGGGAGACGUUCCAGCCCAGCUGCAAGUACCAGUGCACCUGCCGGGACGGGCAGAUCGGGUGCCUGCCCCGCUGCAACCUGGGCCUGCUGCUCCCCGGCCCCGACUGCCCCUUCCCGCGGAAGAUCGAAGUCCCCGGAGAGUGCUGCGAGAAGUGGGUCUGUGACCCCAGGGAUGAAGUGCUCCUGGGAGGCUUUGCUAUGGCUGCAUACAGACAGGAGGCCACACUUGGGAUAGACGUGUCUGAUUCAAGUGCCAAUUGUAUUGAACAGACAACAGAAUGGAGUGCUUGUUCCAAAAGCUGUGGAAUGGGCUUUUCUACCCGUGUAACCAACAGAAAUCAGCAGUGUGAGAUGGUGAAGCAGACGCGUCUUUGCAUGAUGAGACCUUGUGAAAAUGAAGAGCCAUCCGAUAAGAAAGGGAAAAAAUGUAUCCGAACAAAGAAGUCCAUGAAAGCUGUUCGUUUUGAAUACAAGAACUGCACCAGUGUGCAGACUUACAAACCUCGUUACUGUGGCCUCUGCAAUGAUGGGCGGUGCUGUACCCCACACAACACCAAAACCAUUCAAGUUGAGUUCCGCUGUCCUCAGGGCAAAUUCCUAAAAAAGCCAAUGAUGUUGAUCAAUACUUGUGUCUGUCAUGGUAACUGUCCUCAGAGUAACAAUGCUUUCUUCCAGCCAUUAGAUCCCAUGUCUAGUGAAGCAAAAAUUUGAAAUGUAUAGUUUAGGUGGCCCAAAAGGUAUGUAGUUUGUACAAAACUUGACCCACAAUCAGGUGAAUGUAAUAAUUGCAUAUGUAAAAUAUCAGAGAUUUUUUCUAAACACUCUAAGUGCCUUUUUUUUCCUGUAGUUUACUAAAUACCUCAUGAUGUUUCACCCCUCCUGUUUCACCUGUCUUUUAUUCACUUGAAGGAAAUUUUGUACCUUGGACAGAGCCUUCUUUUUUUCUUGACAGUGGCAUAACGAUUACAAAGUCAACAGCUAGUCUUUCUCUCUGAGGUUAGGGGACCAUGCCAUGAUUUUCAGUAGCUGUAAGACUGGGCUUUUUAAUAACGGAUUCCUUGGGAAAUGCAUGAUAUUAUGUCACAAAAGCUUCCAGGCUCUUCACUUUGCAUAAUGUGUACAAACACUUACACAGCCUUCUUUUUUCUGUUCUAGUUAAAUUCCUUCUGAUAACAAAAAUGUUACUGAUGAGAGUGCUGAAUACUUGUGGCUUGUAAAGUAUCUUCUGUCUGUACCUCUUGACUUUCUCUGAGAGAUUAGUUUGCACAUAGCCUAAGAAAUGACAUAGCUAAGAUCU